AGAAAUGGUCCGUAUACGAAAUUUAGGUGAACUCAACACCAACUACGCGUGGCAAUGGCCAGCCAUUAGGUGAACCACUCUAUUGAACAAUCGAAUUCAGCUCAACCUACAUCAAACAACCAUUAAUUCUUCUGUAAAUUUACUCUCCAUAUAUAUAUUUGAUCCCCGUUACUCAACUCUAAAACACAUUCAUAGUUAUAACUAUGGCUAGUAGUAGUAACAAAUCAAGAGAAGAACGUGCAGGCGCAGAGAUUGUGCAUGGACCCGAAGAGUGCUAUCGCCACUCUGUAGAGCUACUGGAAGAACUGGGAUUCCCAAAAGGUGUUCUUCCAUUGAAAGACCUUGAAGAGUGUGGACGAGUUCGAGAAACCGGGUUUGUUUGGAUGAAACAAAAGGCUCCAUAUGAGCAUUUUUUCACUGGGAGUAAUUCUCGAGUAAGCUAUGCUGUAGAAGUGACUGCAUAUAUAGAGAAGUUUAAGAUGAAAAAAAUGACUGGCGUUAAAAGCAAACAGGUUUUUCUGUGGGUGCCAAUUACUGAGAUGAGCAUUGAAGAUCCAUCAAGUGAUAAGAUUUAUUUCAAGACUCCAAUGGGGAUUGGAAAAUCUUUUCCUCUCACAGCUUUCAUGACGGAUGAGGAGAAGCAAAAGUAUUUGGAGAACAAAGCCGAUAAAUGAAACUCUUUCAAUUUUGAUUGAUUUAAUAAGGUUCUUUUUUGUUUUAAUUAUUAUCAAUACUUGAAGAUCAUAUUCUGUGAUACUUUCUAUUUGUAAUUUCUGUUCAUUAAUCAAUGAA